AAAAGGAAAAUCGAAGUCACUCUUUUUUGGUUUUUUCUCAGUAACCAAACAGAAAAAUUCACCUAAUUUCUUCUUCCAAACCCAGCGUUGAAACCGCUCCAUGUGAAGCUCAACUUCCAGGCGAAGCAAACGAGGCAGUAAUCUUUCUCAGUCAAAAUCCGAGAAAAAAAAAAGACAAAAAAGAAAAUUAAAUUUGAUGACUCCGAAGAAUACGAUGAGGAAAACUUUGUACUUUCCCACUAUAUUCACUGUCACUGCUUCUAUUUUAAGCCUUUUUCAUUAAAGCUUUAUUAUUUUUUACUCUUUCGAUCCUUUCAAGUUUCAACUCCGCGUUAUUGGUUUUGCAAUCGCAAUGGAAGAUAUCAGGCCAUCUGAUCCUUGUUCAAUGAGGAUGGUGCCUCAGAAAGUGGAUUCAGGGGGUCCUUAUAGACUGCUUCAAUGUUCAAGUAAAGGCGAUAAAGCCGGUGUCAUACAAGAAUUAGAGAAAGGAGUGGAGCCUAAUGUGGCCGACUAUGAUAAGAGAACGGCUCUUCAUUUAGCAGCUUGUGAAGGUUGGACUGAAGUUGUUGUUUUGCUUCUUGAGAAAGGAGCUGACGUGGACUCUUUAGAUCGUUGGGGUCGAACUCCAUUGUCUGAUGCGCGUAGCUUUGGUCAUCAUGAAAUUUGCAAGAUACUUAAAGCUCGAGGGGGAACUGAUCCGGUUGGAGAUGAUUCUCAAACUUCAGGCUAUGAAAUUGAUCACAAGGAGGUGAACAUGCAUGAAGCAACCCUUAUUGGAGAGGUAAGUUCCAUGCAUCCUUUUUAA